UCGUCAAUGAAUUCAAGAAUUCCUCACACAAUUCAGUCAACUAUUGCCUUAACCCAGACUUCCCGUUUCUUCACUCCUUCUUUCUCAGUAUAACCCCUAGUGACAGAAAUAUCAACCACUUUCCGGCGAACUUUUCCGAUGGAUGUCAAGACAGCCGGAGCAGUAGUAACCAACACUCCGGUGAAGGAUCCCAAACCAAACAGAUCAAAGACCGACGACUUGUUUACAAAUUCCGAGAAUUUCCACCCCAAUUUGUCCAGCCCUGCUUCGAAAUUUUCUAAUUCUCCAGCAACCAAAUCUGCAACAAAAACCCAAAAAUCUGCCUCUAAGAAAUGCAACCCUAACCCUAACAUGAUGUCUUCGCCUCCCAACAAGAACAAGAUCCGAGAGAGAAAGUUCGUGGUGGCGAAGAAGAAUUCGAGGAGAGAGAAAGUGAACUCUUCAAUGGCGGUGGCUUGUAAGUGCAACAAUAAAGGGAGGAAGUGUGUUUGUUUGGCUUAUGAUACCCUUAGGGCUUCGCAAGAAGAUUUUUUCAAGAGAGGCGGCAACGCUGUUUUGGACAAUGAUGAUGCGAAUGAGUUAGAGAAAACUGAUAGAGCUGCUGAAGAAGGCGAAAAGGCUGUUCCAAACCCGGAUGGGAUUGUUAAUGGACUUGAAGAUAAAGUGUUUGAUCAUUGUUCUGAGCCUUGUGGAUUUGAAGAUAAGCAUGACCAAGAUGAAACUGAGGGAUCUUGUGAAAUGGGUGUUUCUAAUUCUAACAUCAAGAGGAGGAGGGACAAGUUGUUGGAAGAUGCAAGGAAGAGUGUGCCUGAACCUGGGUCUGGAAGAGUGUUGCAUUUGGUUAAGGCUUUUGAGAACCUUUUGUCAAUCCCAAAAUCAGCUGAUUCUGAGGAGAAGGAGGAGAAAGAGAUAGAGGACGCCAGGAAAGGAAUGAAAUGGGCAUUGCCUGGGUUGCAACCUCAAUUACUUCCCGAGACACAAGUCUCUUCGUCUUCAUUCUGCCCUUCUGAUUUUAUACUCACUUCGGAGAGUUUAGGUUUGGAUUCGCGCGUUUCUUCUUCUCUAGACAGCAGUCAAGGAAGCGUUUCUAGCAGGAACUCUGGUGGUGGUCGAAGAAGCCGAAGAAAUAGUGCUGAGUCAUCUGGGACAUUUGCUAGUCGACAUUGGAAGAGAAAGCAUCUGAAACAAACCUUCCAGAAACCAUUCAAUCUUAGAACUGAGCAAAGAGGAAGUUGUAAACAAGAAGAAUUCCUCAAAAAAGUUAAACAGAUGAUGGAGGAAGAGGAGAAGCUGCGCAUACCAAUUGCACAAGGUCUUCCUUGGACAACAGAUGAGCCAGAGUGUUUGGUAAAGCCUCCAGUUAAAGACAUUACCAGAUCACUUGACUUAGUGCUGCACAGUGAUAUCAGGGCUGUGGAGCGUGCUGAAUUCGAUCAUCAGGUGGCAGAAAAGUUGAGCCUUGCUGAACAGUAUAAACUAGAAAAGGAGAGGCUGCAGAAGUUGGAAGAGGAAGAGGAGCUUAGAAGGCUUAGAAAGGAGCUCAUUCCCAAGGCUCAACCACUGCCUUACUUCGACAGGCCUUUCAUCCCUAGAAGGUCAACGAAGCAUCCUACCAUACCGAGAGAGCCUAAGUUCCACCUACCUCAACACAAGAAGAUCAAAUCUUGCAUGUCCUGGAGUGAUUUGUACGCGGAGCUACAGUGAGGGGUGGCUAAAGAAAGAGACUUAGAUGAGAACAUGCUGGGAGUUACAACACAUUUUAUUGAUUUUUUUAGCAUUCUUUUAUUAUUUGUACAUGAAAGAAAUAAGUUUCUCAGAAUUUUGCCAAACAGCGUGUUGCUAUAUUUUUUUCCUUGGCACGACGGCGUGCCAUGUUAAUGAAUGCUUCAUAUCGUUCAGCCUGUUUUUCCUCUUGUUGUUCAUCUGUUUGGAAUUUAAGCGCCUUGUUUUCUCCA